AUGGCGUGCAGAAGAGGUAUUUCAAAGUUCUUCACAGGAAAAUCAAGGUCCUUUUCAAGUCUGUCCGAUGCAAUUUCCAUCAAAGAUCUUUCCAAACCAGAUAAUCCUUACAAUAAGAGGCGAAGGAAUUUGUUAGUGUCUGGGAAUAACUGGGAUAGAAAUCGUUUUUCUCCAACUGGAAUAUCCAAGAAGGCAAUUCGUUCUAGCAAAAGCACGUUGGCCCUUGCUGUCUCUAUGAGUAAUAUGGAAGGCUAUGAAAAUGAGUUAAGGCUUCCCCCUCUUCCUCCAUUGCCUCCCCGUGCGAAGUUCCACAGUACUGGUGCUCCACCAGCCUCAUUUUCCAUAAGAUCAUUCUCUUUAACAGAUUUACAAGGCAUUGGCAGUCAGCUCGAUUUUGCAAAGAUUUGA